UUUAAAUGCUUUAAUGUUCGUUUGCACUGCUUCAAGUUUACAGUUUGAACGCAUCGCAAAAGAUCAAUCCUGCACUGCUUUCACUGCUUCGGCGCGCUGGCCCUGCCCAUACCCAUGCCCAUGCCCACCCCUUCUGGAAUAUUCCAACAAUUAGGCAUGAUUAUACGUCAAUACUUGGUCCUGGGAAUCGGCUCAGCUGCUCCAUUUGUGUACCAACGCUGGACACAAUCUGACCGCCUAGUCGCCUGCCAAAACUUGCCGAGAACAGGCCUGAGAGCCGCCACAAAUAAUUACCUUAAAUGGAAAACAAUACUUUGGCUACUCCCACUCCCACCCCCACUUCCGUGUCCGCGCACGCGACCAUGCCCUUGCGUUUGACAUUGCUGGACAGGUCGAACCCCGUGUUCGCCUGCUACCUGGUGUGGAUGAGUCUGCUGGUGCUGAAAAUGCUGUGCAUGUCGCUGCUAACAGCCCGCCAGCGGAUGCGCACCAAAACGUUUGCCAAUCCCGAGGAUCUGCGCCUCAGCAAGGACAGCGAGGUGCGCUUCGGCGAUGACCAUGUGGAGCGAGUGCGUCGGGCUCAUCGGAACGAUCUGGAGAAUGUGCUGCCGUUCAUGCUGAUGUCCCUGGCCUAUGUGGCCGCUGGGCCGCAUCCGAUGGUCGCUCGUAUGCUCAUACGCAUCGGGGCAAGUGCCAGACUGCUGCACACCUUCGUCUACGCUGUGGUGCCGGUUCCCCAGCCGGCGCGCGUCUUGGCAUUCUCCACCACAUUUACGAUUACCUGCUUCGAGGCGAUCUAUGUGCUCGUCUGCUGCAUCAAAUUUAUCUAGAUUUUGGAAGGAAAUGGCCCGACGGGUCAUUAAGUAGUGAACCCCCACACCACCCACCCCCCGCUCAGCACUCCAC